AUGGCCGACCGCAGACCCGACGGCGCCGAGAGCCGCGCCAAGCGCCAGAAGACCGACGCUGAAAUGGACCCCAAGGCCAAUCCCUACCUCGCUCACAUGUACGAGGACAGCUACUCCAACGGCGCCGCCAACGGCUCCGGCCUCUCCAACCUCGUCCGCCACAAGACCACCGCCAAGGACGCGGAGCAGGCCGAGAAUGGCCCCAACAACCCUUUCACCGGCCAGCCGCUGUCCCAGAAAGAUGAGUUCCUGCAGAUGUUCCAGAGCACCCAGAUCCUCGUCUUCGUCGGCGAGACCGGUUCCGGAAAGACCACGCAGAUCCCGCAGUUUAUCCUCUUCGACGAUCUCCCCCAGUCGCAGGGCAAGAUGGUUGCCUGUACCCAGCCCCGUCGUGUCGCCGCCAUGUCCGUCGCCCAGCGUGUCGCCGACGAGAUGGAUGUCGCUUUGGGCGAGGAGGUCGGUUACAGCAUUCGUUUCGAGGACCGCACUUCGUCCAAGACCAUCAUGAAGUACAUGACGGAUGGUAUGCUGCUGCGCGAGGCCAUGAACGACCACAACCUGUCCCGCUACAGCACCAUCAUUCUCGACGAGGCCCAUGAGCGUACUCUGGCUACCGAUAUUCUGAUGGGUCUGCUGAAGGAGGUCGUCGGCCGCAGGCCCGAUCUGAAGCUGGUCAUCAUGUCCGCCACCCUGGAUGCUCAGAAGUUCCAGCGCUACUUCAACGACGCACCUCUGCUUGCCGUCCCGGGUCGUACCCACCCCGUCGAGAUUUUCUACACCCCCGAGCCCGAGCGUGAUUACGUCGAGGCUGCCCUGCGCACCGUCCUCCAGAUCCACGCCACCGAGCCCGAGGGUGACAUCCUCCUGUUCUUGACUGGCGAGGAGGAAAUCGAAGACGCGUGCAGGAAAAUCAACCUGGAGGGCGACGAAAUGAUUCGCGAGGCCGAUGCCGGACCGCUCAAGGUUUAUCCGCUGUACGGUACUCUGCCUCCGCACCAGCAGCAGAAGAUCUUCGAGCCUGCCCCUCCGCCUCGCACUCCUGGUGGACGCCCCGGCCGCAAGGUCAUCGUCUCGACCAACAUUGCUGAAACCUCGCUUACCAUUGACGGUAUCGUUUACGUUGUUGAUCCCGGUUUCAGCAAGCAGAAGGUCUACAACCCUCGCAUCCGUGUCGAGUCUCUCCUGGUGUCGCCCAUCUCUAAAGCUUCUGCUCAGCAGCGUGCUGGUCGUGCCGGUCGUACCAGACCUGGAAAGUGCUUCCGUCUCUACACCGAGAAAGCUUUCAAGGGGGAGCUUAUUGAGCAGACCUAUCCCGAGAUUCUACGCUCCAACCUGUCGGCCACGGUUCUGGAACUGAAGAAGCUUGGAGUCGAGGACCUUGUUCACUUCGAUCUUAUGGAUCCUCCUGCACCCGAGACCCUGAUGCGUGCUCUGGAGGAGCUGAACUACCUGGCCUGUCUUGAUGACGAGGGUGAACUUACUGCCCUCGGCCGUCUGGCAUCCGAGUUUCCUCUUGAUCCCGCUCUCGCGGUCAUGCUCAUCUCGUCGCCCGAAUUCUACUGCUCGAACGAGAUCCUCUCUCUCGUCGCUCUCCUCUCCGUUCCGCAGAUCUUCGUCCGUCCCGCUAGUGCUCGCAAGCGGGCGGACGAGAUGAAGGACCUCUUCGCUCACCCUGACGGCGAUCACUUGACCAUGCUGAACGUGUACCACGCCUUCAAGUCCGACGACGCCCAGGCAAACCCCAAGCAGUGGUGUCACGACCACUUCCUGUCGUACCGUGCCCUCCAGCAAGCCGACAACGUUCGUCUCCAACUGCGCCGUAUCAUGGAACGUUCCGAGAUCGAGCUCAUGUCGACGCCCUUCGAGGACAAGAAGUAUUACGAGAAUAUCCGCCGUGCUCUCGUCAGUGGCUUUUUCAUGCAGGUCGCGAAGAGGGAUGGCACGGGCAAGACGUACAUCACCGUCAAGGAUGAGCAGAACGUUCUGCUGCACCCGUCCACAGUCCUAGGUCACGACAGCGAAUGGGUUGUGUACAACGAAUUCGUGCUGACCACCAAGAACUACAUCCGUACCGUGACGUCGGUCAAGCCCGAGUGGCUGCUGGACAUUGCACCCAACUAUUACGACAUUGCCUCUUUCAAGAAAGGCGACGUGAAGAUGGCGUUGCAGCGCACCGUCGACAAAAUGAGGCGCAGGGAGGCCAUCAAGGGCAAGCGCUGA